CUCUGUUCAAGGAGUGCAGGAACAUAAAGGAUGUGCGCGCCUCGAUUUCUGACUCGAGCAUGGCGGAAUUUGCUUACAUCAACGCGGAGACGGUUAUUGAUCCGUUCGUAGUGCAUCUGGCAGGGUACGCGGCGCUGGCGGCGGAAUCUUCGGGGCAGCUGACCACCAAGUCCCUUCACACGGAGCUCAUACAUAACACCAGUGGGAUGACACACGUGGUGGAGUCAUUGAAGCGCUUUGGCGUCACCGACACGAGUACGACACUGCUGGCGGCGCGGUUCGACUGCACAGCUGAGGAGUUGGAGGCCCUCAAGUCACGAAUACAGGGUGAGCAAGUCCCGGUUUCGGAGCUGGCGAUGACUGCGAAUGUGGACCUGAUUGACAAGGUGCGGGCGGUGCGGGCGAGCGGCAGCACAGCGGCCGCCAACACCCAUGUCCGCACCCCCAGCGCCGCCGCUGGCGGUGGACGACCCGUUGGGACGGCGGUUGCAGCGCCGCCCACGGCGAAUGGAUUGACUUUGGGAUCCGCUGGGGCGCCAAGCCGCGGCGGUGGAAAUGGCGUUAGCGGGGCCUGCAGGACUGAGGGCCCUGGCGGCGGCGAUAGCGGCGGAUGGGGUAACAGGGCCACAGUAUCAUCGGCGCUUUCUGGCGCAUCCAGUUCCGCCAACCUGUUAGGAGGUCGCCUCGCCGCGGGGGCCGUGUUUCGUCGGCUGCAUGGCGCAGCAGUGUACUGCCAGACCGGUUCAGCAACGGCACAGGGGAGGCAGGCGGCGGCGGCGGCGCACGGGGCCCGGAGUGUGGCUUUCUUCCGCUCCUUCGCUGCCUCCGCUGUCCGGCUGGGCCCGGCGGCGCCGGUGCAACCGCACAGCCACACCGCGGCGGCUGCCGCCGCCGCCGCCGCCGCCGCUGCCCGUCGCACCCGCAUUGGCUGGCACGCUUCUCAGGCCUACCUGGCGAAUGUACGACAGUCCGUUCAACAAUCUCUACUGGAGGCCAUGGCGCCGUACUGGGGUAGCUUGAGCUGGGGGGCCCUGGUGGCAUUGUCGAAGCAGUCCUAUGCAUGGCUGCCGUACGGCUGGGGCCUGCCUGGCGUACGACAGCUCCACUUCUUCCUCCUCAGCGCCAUCAACGUUCUUGCCAACAACCUACCGGUUACAUUGGCGCUGACUGUGGCGGAAUUGGCGCGCAACGCCCGAAAUUCCCGCGCGGAUGCCUUCAGCUUUUACCUGGACGUCCCUCAUCCGCACCCCUCCGACCUGCCCUGGUGGCAGGCCCUGCCCGUGCAGAUGACCUCGCUGCUGGUCAGCCUGGGCCGCUCGCUGUGGCUGCUGCUGCUCUUCGCCCCGGUGCUGCUGUCGGCCCCCGUGGCCCUGCAGCUGCAGUUCCGGCGGGCGGAGUGGAUGGAGCUGCUGAGGAGGACGUUGGAGGCAGCGGGUCCCGCCUUCAUCAAGUGGGGCCAGUGGGCCGCCACCCGCCACGACCUCUUCCCCCCGGAUAUGUGUGCUGAGCUGGAGCGACUGCACACCCAGGCUCCGGGUCACAGCUUUCGAUAUACACAAGCCGCAAUCGAACGUGCAUUCGGUAUGCCUGUGAACGAGCUGUUCGAAUCCAUAGAUCGAGAUCCAGUGGCUUCUGGAUCCAUCGGUCAGAUCCAUCGUGCCGUACUCAGCGACAAGGGAGCAGCCAUGACGGGUGUGCCCGCGGGCUCCACCGUGGCCGUGAAGGUACGGCACCCGGGUGUGGGGUCCGCCAUCCUGCGGGACUUCGCCACCAUGAUGGCGGUGGCGCACCUGGCCUCCGUGGCGCCCUCCCUGAAGCACCUGAGGCUGGAACAAACACUGUCGCAGUUUGCGGCGCCGCUCAGGGAGCAGGUGGAUCUGUCCCGCGAGGCUAACAACCUCCGCCGCUUCAACCACAACUUCCGUAAAACCCGUCACGUGUCGUUCCCCGUCCCCCUCUACCCGCUGGUCACCCCGGACGUGCUGGUGGAGACGUUCGAGACAGGGGAGCACAUCACGGCAUACAUACAGAGCGACAACAACCCGUACAACCACAGGCUCUCCGAGCUGGGCAGUGGCACCAUGCUUCAGAUGAUGCUGGUGGACAACCUCAUCCAUUCGGAUCUGCACCCGGGGAACAUCCUUGUACGGCUGGAUCCACCGGGGGGGCUGCUGGGACUGCUGUACAGCGCCCUGGACAAGGUCCGUCAUCUCCCCGCGGUAGCCCCGGCUAACAGGGCGCGGAUAGAGCUGCUGCAGCAGAGGUGGUUGCAGCCCUCCCUGGUGCUGCUGGAUGUGGGUAUGGCCACGGAGCUGUCACCCACGGACCAGGUCAAUAUGGUUGGUCUGUUCCGCUCCUUCGCCGCCAUGGAUGGCCGGGCGUGUGGGGACUGGACGUUGAGGUUCUCAGGUGAAUCCCAGUCCUGCCCCGACCCGGAGGCCUUCCGCUUGGCUAUGGAGGAGGCGUUUGAGGAGCUGCACAAGAUGGAUCUGGCAGCGGCGGAGGGGAGGGGGGAGGAGGUCGGCUCGUUCAAGAACGGGGCGGAUGCGCUGGCGUCGGUUUUGGAGCUUGUACGGCAGCAUCAGGUGAGCCUUCCCGGGCACAUAUGCGCGGUGGUGGUGACCACGCUGGUACUGGAGGGCUGGUCCAAUAAGCUGGAUCCGGAUCACUCGGUGCUGACCCAGGUACAGGCCAUGUUCGAGCCGGUGAACGUGCCCUGGUCGCACCGCAUCCCCCAGCUGGUGGACCGGGUCAUGGAGGAGGAGGCCAACCACUUCGCACUGGCCUGA